UAGGAAAAUGUAAAGCAAUUUUUCUUCAGUAAAAGCUUGUGUGCUUCAUGACCUUAGCAGUGCACUAGAUUUUGCUGUAUAUUUGGUUUCAGUUACUGUAUAUCACUAGAUUUUGCUGUAUUAACUUAAUCAGCUUAUUGAAUGGAAGCUUGUUUGAUGCCUUUCCCUUUGUUAAAGGAACUUCCAGAUGAUUAAAAGUGCUUUCAAUAAAGAGGCAUCCAAUGCUCUAGGUUGUUUACAGCUGUAGAUGGUGGUGGCUGUUAUAACAAGAACAAACAAGUUUAGCUUUUAGAUGAUAAAGGAUAAUUGCUUUUACAAGGUUUUGAUUUUGAAGAUUAGGUUUCUGUCAUUUCAUUCAAACCAUGCACAGGUUUAGCUUUAUUUGCAUGGACGACAAAUCGUCUGCUCUUACGAAAUAUGGAUAAUGUGUCGGAGCCCAACUUUCAAGAUAAAUUACUUGUCGUUUAUUCUUUCCAAAUGUAAAAUUUCUUACCACUCAGGAUCUUUGUUCCCAUCUAUUCACAAUAGAUUUUAACAACGCCGGUAUCUUUGAAUUAAAAAAUAAAAAAAGAAAAGAAAACAAGAAUCUGAAGUUAAUGUAAGCUAACCUGCAUACCAUCAAACUGAAUGAAAACAACCAUUAGCCUCAGAUUUCUUAGAAUUUUGAAGGAUCUAUCGAUUGUGAUGGUGAAUUUGUGACCCAUGUUUUUAUUUUUCGUUUUUCUAAUCGGGAGUGUUCGGAUCAGUUUGUGUAUAUCUCAGUUAAUCUUCUGUGGUUUGGAAGUUAACAACUGAGUAAACCUCCCAGUGGUCACCUCUAUUAGGGGUUGUGGUGAAUUAAACUCAGGACCUCUUAAGAGUCUUAGUUGAUCACUUGGCCAUCCAGUGAUGGUUUGUGAUCCACGUUUAGAAAUAUCACUAGUGCUGUCUUGUCAUUUUAGCAUCUUUGAAUGAGUACCAAAAACAAACAAAAACAUACAGCCUAUAUAUAGUUCUUGUCCCGCAUUUGUGUCUAUGUCAAUGGCAAAACUUGUUUCUGGUCUUUGUCCAAUUGUCUGUGUUCCGGUCUGAGUGAAAGGCAUAUUUACUUAAAAUAAAGUCAUAACAAGCACAUCAACAUUGUAAUCAAGAAAGAACAAGCUGACAAGAAUUUACUUGCUGCAACAAAUAUGAAGUUAGCAUUCUCUUUGCUGCUGCUUUCGAGCCUGGAGGCCUUUGCAAACUGUGAAAAACAUAUGAAUGAUCCUCUUGGAGAAUUUAUGAAGGCUCAACGAAAAGGGUGGCAUGCUGAUUAUUCAGAUGCAACUGUGGAAUCGGAGGCAGAUUUUUCAAGAGUGUACCUUGGAUCGCAUGAUGGUUUGAAAGAAGCUGAUAAAAUCGAAGUGCUUCCAGGACAACCCGGUGGAGUUUAUUUUGAUCAGUACUCAGGCUAUGUGACAGUUGAUCCAAAGGCUGGCAGAGAGCUCUUCUACUAUUUUGCUGAGUCUCAGAAUUCUUCUUCCAAGCCUCUUUUAUUGUGGCUUAAUGGAGGUCCUGGUUGCUCAUCUUUUGGAUAUGGAGCAAUGAUGGAACUUGGACCUUUUCGAGUCAACAGUGAUGGAAAAUCUCUAUCCCUUAACAGAUAUGCAUGGAACAAUGUGGCAAAUAUUAUCUUCUUGGAAUCUCCAGCAGGAGUUGGAUUUUCUUAUUCAAAUACAUCAGCCGACUAUGAUUUGAAUGGAGAUAAACACACAGCUGAAGAUUCGUAUACCUUUCUAGUCAAUUGGUUCAAAAGGUUUCCCGAGUACAAAGCUAGAGAAUUCUUCAUUGCAGGAGAGAGCUAUGCAGGUCAUUAUGUGCCUCAGCUUGCUCAAAAGAUACUUCAGUUUAACAAGAUCACCAACCAAACUUUCAUCAUCAACUUAAAAGGAAUAGCUAUAGGUAAUGCUUGGAUUGACGCGGAAACUGGAAACAAAGGAAUGUAUGAUACUUUCUGGACACAUGCUCUCAUUUCUGAUGAAGUGAAUAAGGGAAUAAACUCCAACUGCAAUUUUAGUUCCAACAAUAGCUUGUCAGAUGAAUGUGAUUCUUACUUAGAUCAAGCACAUAAAUCUCUAGGCAACAUCAACAUUUAUGACAUCUAUGCUCCUUUAUGCUCUUUAUAUUCAAACACCUCUACGAAAGUGGCAUUAGAUCCAUGCUCAGAAUCAUAUAUCACCUCUUACUUGAACACACCUCAAGUGCAGAAAUCACUUCAUGCUAAUGUUACUGGGAUUCCAGGUCCAUGGGAGGUUUGCAACUAUACUGUGCUAAUUGAUUGGAAAGACAGAUCAUCAACAGUCUUACCGGCCAUUCAGGAGCUGAUGACAAAUGGGAUAAGUGUGUACAUCUACAGUGGAGAUACAGAUGGCAGAGUGCCCACCACAUCAACCAGGUACUCCAUAAACAAACUUGCAGAUUCUCCGAUGAUCCCUUGGUACGCGUGGUACACCCAAGGCGAGGUUGGUGGUUAUGCAGUAGGAUACAAGAACCUGACAUUUGUGACCAUAAGAGGUGCUGGACACUUUGUUCCAAGUUAUCAACCUGCAAGAGCACUUGCCUUCUUCUCAGCCUUCUUGGAUGGAAAGCUUCCAUCCCCGCAUCAAAACUAGAAAAGCAAAAAAAAAGAGCAAUUAUGCAGGAGUUUAAAGUUUCAUUCCUUUGAAGGCUCCUCUUGUUGAUUCAUAGUCAAGAUUACCCUGCAGUAUGCAGUUCAUAUUCUCAAUCCAUUCAUAUAUCAGAUAAUUAGGCAGCCAUUGUUUCCCUCUUCUUAAAAACUCAAACAUGGAAACCCAAAAAAGAAACAACCUUUACAAUCCCGAACACGAAGACUAAGCCACAGUAUUAUUCCUGUCCAAAUUUAUGCCAAAACUUGGUGGAGCUUAGAUGGUUCUAUGAAUCAUC